AUGAUUUCCAAAAUAUUCGGAAGCAAAACCAAAUAUACUUACGAAAUCUUUCAGUAAUUAUAAUUCCAGAGAGAUGCAUAGAGAGCUUAGUUUCUUCUAUGAGAUUACUCCUAAAAAUGAAGAACAAGCAGUCGAGUUGGUCAGAUCAAUGACAGAAGCCUUGGUAUGAAGUGAACAAAAUUAUCAAAAUUUCUUUGAGUAAUCUCUACCUAGCUUUUUUAUGAAAGCUGACGUCCAAAGUUUAUUCAGAAGAUUUCUGAGUUUCCAAUCUAAACCUCUGUUAAUCCAACUAAUUCAAUCAGCAAACAUGCUGGUUCACAAUCUUGAUUCGGACGAAGAUAAACGUAUUUUCAAAAUAGAAUACUUACUCAAUACCCCUUUCUAUGGCGAGGUUAUAAGUCACCCAUAUGACUCAAACGAUGAAGAAAUUGUAGAAAACUAUAUGUCUCUAUUGAAAAGUCUUGCAACAAAUCUGAAAUCUGAACAACUGAAAUCUUAUGUUUUAGGGCAAAACUUUUCGUUAUAUACUGGUGCUUUUGCGUUUAUAGAUUCAAAAGACCAAAUGAUAAAAACUGCAGCAAGAACAGUGAUUUUAAGUAUAUUUAAAUGUAAAGAUUAAGUAGUGCAAGACGAAAGUAUAAUUCAGUACAUAAGUCAGAGUGGAUUUUUUAUAGCAAUUGUGCUGUCUAUGAGAGAGCAAUGGUAUGCUUUGGAUCAGAAAAUAAUGAGUAUGUCAAAUUCCUCUAAACUUGAACAAAUUAUCAAAGAUCAUGUUGAUAAUUUGUAUUUUAUGAAUGAUAUUUUUGAGCAAGAUAUAAUCGAAAUUAAUCAAGAAUUAGCUGAUUUGUUAUUAAGACAUAUAAUUCUGCCUGUACUUGUAGGCUCUUUAGGGUCGGAAAGGCAUAUGCAGCAUCAUCUAGGGAUCCCUCUUGCUGCUUAUUUAAUUAUACAAAUAUUGAAAACAAUAAGGCACCCACCUUUAAUCAAUACCCUUGCAGCAUGCUUAUUUUUGAAAGAAGUGCGAGAAGAAUUGCUUACACUUACUAUGAAUUCUCCUCCAUUGCAAGCGUUAGCUGGAGGAUCAAGAGACUUAUCGCCGUCAACUGAUGCAAUCAGGCUUGGAUCUCAAAUGCUGGACUAUCUUGACUACUUAGAAGAGCCUGAAAACUUAAGACAUAAUACCAUUAGAGAUGUUAUAUUUUCAUUUUUGAGAUCAAGAGAUGACAAUCUUGUUACUUUAACUGUGCUGAUAAUUCAAGGAGUUAUCUUAAAUGGGUCAGUCAGCUCUACAAUUUUAUGAGGAGCAGGAUUAAUGCCAGUAGAAAACAAGAAGAUAAAAGACCAAUCUGGGCGUCCCCGGGAAGAAAACAAGGAUUUAGGAGAAGAGGCAAAGGAUCUGCAAAAGAUAAAUUACGAAUCUGGAGUGAUCUCAAUGCUUUUAAGACUUAUAAAUUUAGAGCCGUCAUUCAGGAUUUUUACAUGCCAUGCAAUAUGCAAACUGAUGCUCAGCUUGGUUUAUAAAAAAGACUCUAACAUCUGCUUGCUUCCAGAGCAUGAAUUAUCCCUUAAAAAAGCCUUAAAACGAACGAUUGCAGCUUUAAAAAAGUUAGUUAAAGCCAAUUUCCACGAUAGCCUGUUAUUAGAACUAUUUGAAGAAGAAUGAAAUAGAAUAUCAAGCUUAAAAUUCAAUGACAAAAUUAUCUGUCCAAGCCAUUUACUUCUGCCUCUUUUAAAUGAGCUUGAGUCCAAUAUCCCUCUUGAGCAUCGUCGUCCAUCAGGAGACGUAGAAGAAGCUAGAUGCAAUGUGAGUUUAUUUUUCCUGUAUAGAAAAAUGCAUCAUUUAUUAUGUGCAAAAGACGUGAAUACAGAUUUUGAUAUUGACACUUAUCCUUUAAAUUAUAUGAAAACUCCUUGUUUAUGGAAAGAAGGCGAAGUUCAUUCAAUGGGUAAUUAUUAUUUAGAUGGAAGAACUUGCUUUAGGUGCUUUGUGAAAGACGGGAAAAAGGAGAAAAUUCUUUAUUUUACGGAAGAUGAUGACAAAUUUGUACUUGUAGAGCCAGAUAUUGAACUAAUGGGGUAUGCAAAAAUAGUUAUCAUUACUAAUUUGAGGGAUGUUGAAGCAAUGACUGAUAGAUCGGAUCCAAGAAGUCUUGUUCUUUUGGUGAAGCAAAAAACUGAUAAUACUCAGCUGAUUUUAACGUUUGAAGACGCACAAAGAUGCCUGUGGAUUAAAAGGCAAAUAGAGGAACACAGAAAAUCCUCAAAAUCUGAGGAUAUGGGUUAGGAUAGGUUAUUAAAGUUAGGCGUUAGCCAUAUUGGUGACGAAGUCACCAAAGACCUCUCACGUACGGGAGGUUCUACCACUUUUCGACUUCAGCCCAGAGGGUCUUUCCCCGAAGGCAGAUGCCACUUCCAGUACCUUCUGUCUCCUCCUUGACGCUUCAGUCUUGAGUUCUUAUGGAUUUCUGCUGCUACGGGCGAUUGGAGUAGCUUGAUUUCAAUGAUCCUUGAGUUUUUCGGGCGCCGAAGUAUCUUCCUUCGAUAGUUACAAGAAAAUUACUACUCCCCUGUGGCCUGGGCCGAAACUCUCAGUUUCUCGAUCGAGGAAUGCACGUAGAUCCUCGAAUCCAAAUUUGUUGAGCACCUCCAUUUCCGACCACAAAAAGCAGCCAAAAACUACCGGAUACGCAUCUCUUGAGCCUAAAUUCAUUAUCUGCUCGGAGUCCGUCUCAGUUCGCCGUAGCCAUAAGGCCUUGGACUGGACUAUUGCUCCAAGAGAGCAGGUUGGCACGUGUCGCAAUUUUGAUGUACAGCUGAGGAUAUGGGACUUAUAGAAGUAUUGCUGAAUACAAUAGACGAAUGCUUACUUUCAACCUCUUCUGAAGGAGCAAAAUUAUUUUGCCCGAGUCAAAGGGGGUUUUUUAUUUUUUUAUAUAAUUUAAUAUUAAAUUUUCUAUAUAAAUUGAAAAAUUGCAAAUUUAAUUUAAUUUAAUUUUUAAAUUUAUGCUUAUAAGAUGAAUAUAAUUAGAUAAAAAUUUUAUUAACUUGUAUAUAAAAUAUUUGUUAUCAAUUUUUUUUAAACUUCUCAUAGAGGUGGCUUUUACGAAAAAAUAGGGAAUUUUCUAAUGGUUUUGCUCUUUCACAGAGAAGUGAAUUAGUUAAAUAA